GUUUCCCAAACAAUGGUGGAGAGUUUUUCUGGGUCUGCCACUUCCUCGUUUACAAAAACUUUCACUCAACGACUAAACUCUGUUACUGGAAAAGUAGUUGGUAAUUUACUGGAGAGGUAUGAAACCCAAUGUUUCUUUGUCAAUCAGCAGCAUGAACAUGAUCUGAAAUCUGCCAUUGAAUGUAAGAAAAGCACUUUGUCUGAGGAAGAAAUAAAUGAGCUCAAGUGCUAUGCUAAUACUGUAACUGAUGAACAAAAGCCAGCAACAGCUUUAGAAUUUCAUGUACUCACAAAGAGUAACUUACUGGAGGGAAAAGGAAUUUGCUUAAGUGUUGUAGAUAAUAAAGGAAACCAUCUCGGAGAGGAGACUUACCCAGGAACUGACCCAGAAGCUGGUACUAUUAAACUUGUGCUAACAAAAACACCUCAGACUUCUCCAGGAAAAAGAGGAAUAUGGAGUAAACUGAUUCAAUGGGCCAUAGGUAAAGACACACCUGUCAGUGGCCACAUUGAUAUUAUACGACCUGAACGGCUCUCGGGAAAUUGUGAACUCCACAAAUCAGAACUGUCUGUUUCAUGCUGUCAUCCAAGCAACAACUAAAGACCCAAAUGAUGUUGUACAACAAAAAGCUAUAGAACUCAGGAGCAAAGUCAGUCAGGAGAUUCUAGCCAAACCAUACAAAUACGUUGAGGCUGUGAAGAUUCAGAAUAUGUUCAACAGGACAAACAGCUCCAAUAAAUUUAAAAUCGAAGCUGGAAUAAGGAAAGGAGACCAAAAGAAGUUUGAAAGGUUUAUCGAAGGCAUGACUCCAGAGGAAAUUAUUAAUGCUUACCACUUGGGAAAAGUGGCAGAAUAUAAAAUCCUUUUGGGCAUGCGCAAACCCACUCCAGGAGUCGUCGAAGCAGACCACAUUCUACCAAAGAGUAGUUUAAAAAAACUUAUAGAUCCAGAAAUGGUGACAUCACUUGAAACCAAUAACAAGGCAGCCUAUGAUUUAGUGAUGAGCAUGAGAGAGGACCAGAAUGGAAGAAAGCAGCUCUGCAUGAACACGCUCUACUCGGAUCAUCGACGUGCCCUGACCAGCGGCAACAGUUAUGAAGCCAGAGCAUGCAGAGAUUUGCUGACAAACACCUUAGCAAGUGGAGACAUGGAGAAAGUGCUGAAGCAGGCAUUCAUACUGGCUCACCCGAAAUGUUCAGAGCACAUCCGGAAUAGUCUCGAAAUACAACCUAAAUUUAAAUCCAAGAAUUCUGAACUGUCUGACUGUCACAAAUAUUACAAGGGUGGUUAUGACCAAUAUGUAAGUGAAUGCAGGAAGAAGAAGCUGAUUGACCAAAACCAAACAAAUGACCUGAAGGACUGGGUGAAAGAAGAGAAAUAUUUGGACACAUCUGCAGUGGAGUAUAAAGAAAUUGAAAAAGUUAAACAAUGCCAAGGAUGAUAAAGCUUUAAAAAUGAAAAACGCUAAAGAAAAGAAAGACAAAUGAAGAAACACAAACCACAUGAGGCCAAAUUAUCAGCAUGUG